GGGUUUUCCUGCAGAUGAUGAAGGCUGAGUGUCAGUUCCUGAACGGCACCGAGCGGGUGAGGCUUGUGAUGAGGAACAUCCACAACCGGCAGCAGGACCUGCACUUCGACAGUGACGUGGGGAAAUAUGUGGGCGACACCCCCUGGGGACAGCGCCAGGCCGACUACUGGAACAGCCAGCCCGACAUACUGGAGCAGAGGUGGACUGAUGUGGACACGUACUGCCGCUACAACUACGGGAUGGUGACCCCUUUCACCGUGGAGAGGAGAGUCCAGCCCGAGGUGGAAAUCUUCCCCGUGCAGUCGGGCUCCCUGCCCCAGACCGACAGGCUGGUUUGUGCCGUGAUGGAUUUCUACCCGCCGGAGAUCGAGGUGAAAUGGUUCAAGGACGAGCAGGAGGAGACGGAGCGCGUGGUGUCCACGGACGUGAUCCAGAACGGAGACUGGACGUACCAGGUGCUGGUGAUGCUGGAGACCAGCCCUGAGCGCGGGGAGAGCUACAGGUGCCAGGUGGAGCACGCCAGCCUGCAGCAGCC